CGAUUUUGGUCAAUGAGGUCUACCUCGCCACAGCACAGCUGCCUUGGCAUUGGCACGGCAUUGAAACUUGGACGGACCCAUUGCAAAUCUAGAAGGUGGCGCUGGCCUCUGGCAUUGACUUGGGAGUUUUGCAACGUUUCUGCGCGCACUUAGAGGAGAGGAGGGAGGAGGCAUGGCACGCGCACGAGGGAUCGUAGGAGCCGUUGUGCUUGUCCUUACUGCUGCCUUCAUCGAAGGUAUUGUGGGUGACCACCCCCUCCUGGUGACCAACUGUGAGGAGCUGAGGCAGGCCGUGGGCGCCGCAAGGGCACCCACUGAUGGGACGCACCCCACAGUCAUCCUCACAAACAGCCUCAGCUGCAGCAACGUGCACGUUGAGUACCCGCUCACGCUGCUGGGGGGGGCGAGCUCGUCUGGAGAAGCAAUCACGCUGUCGCGGCGGACUAUUGACCACCCCACUCUCAUCAUCAUCUCCAAGGACGUCACCCUGCGGAGCAUACUCUUCAAGGAUGCAGGAGGGGUGGGUGGUGGGGCGGUGCUGCUAUCCAAGAACGCCAGCGCUGCCAUCCAUGACGUGACCUUCCAGAACAGCGCCUUUGGGAUCUGGCCUGCGCUAACCAUUGAGGGGAAGGCCGAGGUGACGAAUGUCCUCUUUGAGGACUGUCACUCCAGCGGCGCGGGGGGCGGAGCAGCAGUGCGUUCUUCGGGGUACGCCCGCUUCAAGGACUGCACCUUCGCCAGGAGCGCCGCCAAUAUGGGAGCUGGGGUGGCCGUGGACGGGUUGGCGCAUUUCUGCUCGACGUCCUUCGACGAGAACAAGGCCAAACAUGGCGCGAACGUGUGGGUGCGCGGCGACGAGCAUGACGCAGGGGCCAAAGCAUCCUUCUGCUCGGACGCGGCAGGGAGAGGGGCCAGAGCUGCCCCGCUCUUUGGGGGGGCGUCAAUUGCGGGCGUCGAGAGCGAGUCGGAGCGGGGCCACAUCACACGAGAUUCGUGCGACGCGUGCGCGGAGCCGUUCGUGAAGAGCUUGGCGCUGUUCGAGAGCCGGCGGCGCGCGCGGGUGCCGCUGCUGGCGUUCCUGAGCCAGGCGCACCUGACGGACCACGAGCUGGGCCGCAAGGCCAUCCGGCCCGAGGACGACGCCAUCUCAGCACUGGAGUGCGGGCCAGGCAGCUUUGCGCUCGACGGGGUGUGCGAGCCAGACUGCCUGCCCCAGACCGUGACGGAGAGCGAGGACACGUGGCGUCUUCUGGACCUGGCGGGCGGCGCGCAGCCGUCGUACACCGUCCGCUUCGAGAACACGUGCGGCAAGACGCUCGAGGCGAUUGCGUUUGACUGCGACGGCUUCCCGGGCACCGCCUGGGGCCUCGAGCGCCACGGCCGCUUCUGCGUCCUCACCGGCCACGACGACGUCCUAGCAGGUCACACUCACGAGUUCCACUACACUUCCGCUGCCCCCUUCACGUUCCGCCCGCACAGCGCCCACACGCAGCACUCGACGCUCGUCAAGAGCGGCCGCGACGGCAUCGAGGUGGUCAGCCGGGUGAUCCAGACCUGGCGCAAGGCCGACUCGCAAGAGCUGCUGUCGCGGGUCGAGGUGACGGUGAACAAUUUGUCGGGGGAGAAGGUCUCGCAAGUGGCACUCGACUGCCACGCGUUCGAGCCCGAGUGGUCGAUCGACGUAGAUAGGAAGGACGGGCGGUGCUUGGUACCGCGCGUGUUGAACCAUAACGAGACGCACCGCUUUGAAUACAUCACGGAGGGGGUACGUGCGCAUGACGUCAGCAUUGCGGAGGUGCGGGGCUCGUACGGGGAGGUUGUGAAGGGGGCGGGCGUGGCGGGGGGCAUGUACACCACGGUCGGGGCCAUGUGCAUGCUCGUGCUCGUGGCGAGCGCGUCUGUUGGCUGGUAUGCGUUUGGGCCCAACAAGGACCGGAGGGCCGAGGUCUACACACGGAUCCUGACACGGGAGAAGACUUUCAAGUUGGCCCAGACAUAACGGAUGUCAAUGUGGAACGAAUGGAUUCCAGAGCGCUAACAACCUUCUGAAGUAAGGGUAGUAAGGCCCACACGACGGCUCGCUGGACAUGCGGUGCGGCUUGACUGUCCAUUGGAAAAAGGUAGCUGCGUCUAAGUUUUGGACCCGAGGUAGUACAAACGUAUCUCUGGCAGGCGUCAUGGAUCAUUCAAGAAAGCAACCAUGCACGACGAAUUUCAAACUCGGCCAUCAUUCAUACCUAUGAAUUUCACUG